GCCAUGUGCAGUCGAUAUUUGGAUUAAUCAGCGUAAUCAUCUCCCCAGCAGCAGCAAUCAUGAAGUACCUAGCUCUGACCAUUUUCGUGUGCCUUAUGGCCAUCGCCCUCAUUUCUGCCGUGCCCGUGGAUGAGUCCCUGAUCGGCGAUAAUAUCUACCAGCCUGCCUUCGACGAUGUCCAGCGUCCCCAGGAUCCGCAGGCCAUCUUCAAGCUGAAGAAGCUGCUCAAGUUGAAGAAGCUCCUGGGUUAGGAGAAAUUCGCAAUAAGCUUCGUUCAGAUUCUAGUCCAGCCAAUUGGGAACCUUGCCUCCCCCACUACAUUCGAUUUUCAAACCGUUUUGUUUAGACAAUACCCAAUAAGCACAAACACACAAACACACACAAAAGCACAUACAUACGAGUAAAGUAUACGUAAUCGUAACUAAAAUAAAUGUUAUUUUCAUAC